UGUCCAGCAAAUUUAAAUGGUUUGAUGUAUAUGAACUCACUAUCUUUAAAUGAAAUACGGAGGGGGGGUGUCGCGUAAAAGAUUAAAUGUGUGUUGUUUCGUGUGUAUUUUUAUUUUUUUUAUUUUUAGUAGUCUUUUUUUAUUCCCUCUCCGUUUCUCGCUUAGUGAUAAACAAAGUACAAUCUACUUUACAACUUUAAGCUCAAGAAAGUCAAGAAUGAACUUUUUCAGAAAGAAGGAGAGUGGUGACAGUACACCAAACGAUACUGCUUCUGUAUCAUCCAAGUCUACCAACGGUAGUUCCCCAGCUAGCACUACUGGUAGCAGUGGGGGCGCUAAAAAUGGGAAGUAUAUCAAAUGUCAUACACCAUUUGAACAACCGGUCAAUCCACUCAAGGAGCCAACAUUUGACUUGACUGAAGAGCAACAAGCCAAAUAUGACCAUGUUCUUGCACAUUUUAAAGAAUAUAUUAAGAAGGAUAUUCCUGUUAAUCUGACAUCUGGUGCUGCAACUCAUCCUGUUUUAAUUGAAGAACGGGCAUGGUUGACAAAAGAAUGCUUUUUACGAUACCUUAGAGCCACCAAAUGGAAAGAAGACGCUGCUAUCCAACGUAUUGAAGAUACCAUUGUAUGGAGAAGAACAUUUGGAGUAGUGAAUGUACCAGGUCAUACGGAUGAGUCCAAAUUAUUAACCGCUGAACUUGUAGAGGCAGAAAACUUAACUGGGAAGAAUUUGAUUGUAGGAUACGAUAAUGAUAACAGACCAUGUCUUUAUUUAAGAAAUGGAUAUCAGAAUACAAGCCCAUCAAUUAAACAAGUGCAACAUUUAGUAUUCAUGCUUGAAAGAGUGAUACAAUAUAUGCCCCCAGGACAAGAUGGUUUAGCGUUACUUAUUGAUUUUAAGGCUGCACCAGCACAUUUGAAUCUUUCAUCGAAAUUCCCAUCACUUUCAAUUUCCAAACAAGUUCUUCAUAUUCUUCAAAAUCAUUAUCCUGAGAGAUUAGGGAGAGGUCUUUUCACCAAUAUCCCAUGGAUUGGUUACACAUUUUUCAAAGUUGUUGGACCAUUUAUUGAUCCAUAUACAAGACUGAAGACCAUUUAUGAUCAACCAUUUGAAAACUUUGUACCCCGUGAACAAUUAGAUAAGGAAUUCAAUGGGAUGUUGGAUUUUGAAUAUAUUCAUGACAUAUAUUGGAAGGAAAUGAAUGUGAUUGCAGAAAAGAAACAUGCUAUAUAUAUGGACAAUUUUGAACGCUUAAAUUCGGAAAUUGGACUUAGUGAGUACCAUUUACGUUUAGAGCAAACAGAGUAAGACUUCAUACAUAGACUUGGCUCAGAGAAUUUCUACUGCUCUGAUACAAGCAACACAACCUAGAGAUAGUAGAAAUCAUAUAUUCUAUAGACUAUUUAUUUGGAUCCGUCAUAGGGAAUCCAAAAUAUUUGACUUGUCUU